AUGGUGCGGUAUACAAUUAUGAAGCGUCUUACGAAAAUUCUUGCAUCUAUUUUUUUUAUUAUUACCGUUGUCACUAUUUAUCUAGCAUUUGAUUUUGCAAUAACUAAUGCUUUGUCAACUAAACAACAUUCAACCGAUAAAUAUAAAACGGAAUCUCCUUUAUCAUUAAUGAAAAUUAAAAAUACUAAUGAAACAUUAAAACAUAAUAGCGAUAAUCAACCUAGUCAUAAUAUUAUAAAGCCAGAUCGUCCAGUACGUAGUCUUAAAGCUAAACAACGACUUGUUAAACCUGCUCAAUUUCAUAAAAGAGUAAGUACAGCAGCACCAAAUUACUAUUGUAAUACUGUCGAAUUUACAUUGUCUUCUUCGGAUCAUUCCGCAUCGAAACCAACAUUGAACUGCUCUUUGCAAAAGUGCAAUGUCAGUUCGAAUGAGAACACCUGUCUUUCUUCAACAACACCCUGCUUUGAUUACCGUACAUUCAAUAAUAUUAGCUAUUGUGCACCAGGUAUUCUAUGUUCAAUCUUGGAACCUUGCAAUAAUGUUACCUACAAUUGUGCAUCAAAUACUUCUGUAUGCGUUAUUAAUUCGUGUUGUUCAUCACAAGCAGUAUGUUUACCACCAGCAUCGUUAGAUUUUUGCAGAUCAGGAUGGUUCAACACUGGCAAGAUGAAUGAUCCACGCUUCUAUCAUACACUAUCCGUACUCCUAAAUGGAAAAAUACUGGCUAGUGGUGGUUUACAAAGCGAUUAUUCUUUUUCAAUGACCACCGAGUUGUAUGAUUCAUCGAUAGGAACUUGGUCAAACACUGGUAGUAUGAAUUUUCUCCGAUAUUAUCAUACAGCCUCCGUCUUAGCAAAUGGAAAAGUCUUAGUUGCUGGUGGGUAUCAUAAUAUAUAUUUAAACAGUAGCGAGCUAUAUGAUCCAUCAACAGGAACUUGGACAUACACUGGUAGUAUGAAUUUUGGACGGCAUGGCCACACAGCAUCGGUUUUAACAAAUGGACAGGUGUUAGUUACUGGUGGAGCUGGUGGUGGUUAUCGAAGUAGCACAGAGUUGUAUGAUCCAUCAACAGGAAUUUGGACAAACACUGGUAACAUGAAUUUCGCACGAUAUUAUCACACAGCAUCUACCUUAGCAGAUGGCAAAGUUUUAAUUGCUGGCGGUAUAGGUACUGCUGCUUAUUCUCUGAAUAGCUCUGAGUUGUAUGAUCCAUCGACAGGAACUUGGACAAACACUGGUAGUAUGAAUUAUGCCCGGCAAUUACACACAGCAUCCAUUCUAGCCAAUGGCAAAGUUUUAAUUGCCGGUGGAAUAGGUACUAACGGCUAUUCUCUGAAUAGUACCGAGUUGUAUGAUCCAUCGACAGGCACUUGGACAAUCAGUGACAGUAUGAAUAACUUACGGCAUCUACACGCAGCAUCAAUAUUAACGAAUGGAAAAGUUUUAGUUACUGGAGGAUCGGGCAGUACAUAUCUAAAUAGUAGCGAGCUAUAUGAUCCCACAACAGGAACUUGGACGUACACUGGUAGUAUGAAUUUUGCAAGAUAUUCCCAUACAGCAUCUAUCUUAGCAGAUGGCAAAGUUUUAAUUGCUGGUGGAGUUGGUAGUACAAUUCUGAAUAGUGUCGAGUUGUAUGAUUCAUCAACAGGAACUUGGACAAAUACUGGUAGUAUGAAUUAUGCCCGAGAAUUACAUACAGCAUCCGUCUUAGCCAAUGGAAAAGUCUUAGCUGCUGGUAACUAUAUAAAUAGGACGGAAUUGUUUGACUCAUCAACAGGAAUUUGGACAGACACUGGUAUUAUGAAUUAUGCCCGACGAUUCCACACAGCAUCCGUUUUAACAAAUGGAAGUGUACUAGUUUCUGGUGGAACCGGUAUCAGCGAUGUGUCUGUUGAUAGUGCUGAGUUAUAUGAUCCAUCAACAGGGAAUUGGAUCAAUGCUACCAGUAUGAACAGUAUACGACAUCUGCAUGCAGCAUCUGUAUUAGUUAAUGGAACUGCAUUAGUCACCGGUGGGUAUCUAUUUCUGGUUCCGAGUAACACUGAAUUAUAUUAA